AUGCAGGAACAGCCGCUGACAAAGAGGCUCGAUUACGUGUUCGGCAAGAUGCUGCGUUAUCAUACCCAAUCAGAUGAUUGCGCCCAAGACAAGGUUGGCUCAUCCACCGCAAGCGAACCUUGUCACAACGACAACUACAACAGAGAAGACAUUCAGAACGAAGACCAAGAAGUUUUCGCAUACAGUCACGAUACUACCGGCGCACAUGUCGACCCUCAGCUCGCUGCUCUCCUGAACGGACCACAGUGGCAGAAAUCAAAUCCGAACACGCGUCGCGCGACCAGAGCAGACUACAGCUGCAAGAAGCCGUCGCAAAUUGCAACGAGAAAACGUUCUCGUAAAGCAAAGUACCGUGCAGCGGACGAUAAUCGGAUCCCACAUCUUGUGCUCGAGCCUAAGACUCUAGCACGUUGGAACAGAUUUUGGGAAGAGGAUUUGAGGCCCGAAUCUUUUGUUAAGACAUUCAUCAGCAACAAAGACGACUUGAAGCGCUAG